AUGGACGACGUCAAAGUCCGCAUGGUGGCGGAAACUCUCUUGCACGAACUGAAAUCGGAAAGGAAAGUCUUUGACGCCAUAGCCGAGGCAUACACCAAUCUGAUUGGUGUAUGCCUCGGCUAUGGCGUCAAAGACUUUCCUUUCCGAUUUCAGUUCGUGCAAGAGAGUUUCCGCCACCAUGCGGACUUUGACGUCGUCCAUUUUGAUGUUGCGAGCAAUCAGAAGCCGUUGAAUAGAUGGAAUGAAACGUGGGUGUCUCUGUCUGUCGGUCCAAACCUUCAGCAGGUCUUCAGUGGAUCUUCUUCAGUGUAUCUGAGUUGUGAUGAUGAUGGACAGACAGCUGAUGGAUGGACAGUGAAGAGGACCAGAGGAGGACUCACUGAGGACUGUGGAGCAGCUCCAGGCUUUGGGAGGCUUCUUGGUUCCUACUGUGUUGUGGAUCUUUCUGCUCCCAGUGAAACCUUCUGGUGUGAGGACUCCUCUGGACAGCAGAGUGACAGAGUCUCCUUCAGUGUCCAAUCAGACACUAAAGAUGAAGGUGUCAUCCUGGAGAUCCCUGCACUUCCUGUGAGGACAGGAAGUGAUGUCAUUCUGCGCUGCAGACAGAGGAAUGGUGCCACAGUCAAAGCUUAUUUCUUCAUCAAAGGAAGUUCUGUUGGUCUUAAACCAAAGCUCAUCAUCACUAACAUCACGCAGGCUGAUGAAGGUCUCUACUCAUGUUCUACUGAUGAGAGUGGAAAGUCUCCUCAGAGCUCUCUGAGGGUCAGAGCAUCCACCUGUCCUCCUCCUCCUCCUCCUCCCUCUCUCCUGGUCCCAGUUGUAGCAGGUCUGGUCUCUGGGCUUCUCCUGGUUCUGGUUCUGGGUGGAGUUCUGUUCCUCUGCAGUAAACUCAAAGGAGGUCGGGGAGCAGACCUGUGGAGCUGUGGAGGUGACGGCUGUCUGAGACGGAGCGUCUGCCUCUGCUUUUCAGGCCUGUUUCUGCUGACUGCUGCAGGUGAGCUGAUGUUCCUACACCUGUCUGUCCUCAUCAUGACCUCUGACCUUUGGUGACCUCUGUCCUGUUGC